AUGGCUCUAUCCGGGGACGAUUCUGCGGGAGACCUUCCUGUUCCUCCUAGAGAAGUAUCACUUUGUGUCCCGACAUCUCCUCAUGCUAGGGCAAAGCGGAGAAUUACCGCCCUCAUGGAGGAGGUCGAAGCUUUGAAGCAGGACAAGGUGGUAAAACAUAGGAAGACAACUUACUAUGUUUCACAGGGACGAGCUAUCCGUCGUAUGGUUGCCCUCUACAGUCCCAUAGAGGACCUAGUCGCCGAAAAUGAUCGGCGUUGUGAAGACAGAGACAGCGGUUCUACUCUUGAACAAGACCGCCUUCAACGCGGCUACAUCGAACUCGCCAAAUCAUUACCGUGGUUUCACGAGAGGCUAGCAACUCUUGAUCAUGAGGAGUCGGAGGAUAUGCUCAGAAAGCUCAAGCGAGGUGCAGACUCAGCUCGUGGCGAUGACACAGGAACGCUCAAAGACCUCGUUGCUUCAUGGAUCAAUAUUCUGUGUUGUCCGACUCCGCUCAUCAGGACCGACGACAAGCACCAUCGAGGUUUCGUCAACGAUGCGUGUGGUCAACUACUCUGCCCAGCGGAAUGGCGCUGGGAGGAUCCAGUCGUCAAGGCUGGCAUUCGCGACCGUACGACUUCUUUCAUCGUGUCUGAAAACUCGUGGCCAACAUUUAUGUAUGAGAACUAUGAAGCUGACGCUAAGAAUUUGGAGCGCGGGCUCAUGAAGUCGAAGUUAUUGCUAAUUGUAUUGAAGGGGUUCAAGGCCAUCUUCACAUCCCCCUCCUCUGCCAACGAAGUGGAUGGCGAUGGCGAUGGCGCCGAUAUCAUUGAGAAUUGCAGAUGCGCUCGGAGACGGUCGGAUCAAGCCAAAAUUCGAUUCGCACUUUCCAAUAUCACUUCCUGGCGUACUGUAGACGGGGAUUUCGACUAUCAGAUCUUCUGGAACAAUAUCGUAGACUUUUUUGAAGCCCCCCCGGGUGCAGCUGCGCGAUCCAGGGUGAAUCAACUUCUUGAGUGGUGGACUAGGAAAGUUUUUGGAAGAAACCAUCGAGAGGACUUGACGCCGGACGUCGUUUCCAAAAUGUCUGUCAAUGCUCUCGCUGCCCAGAGACAGCAGAUGGAGGACGCCGCAUUCGACUCCGACUAG